AUGCCGACAGACGGUUUGAAGAAGAGGAGGCACAGUAUGGAAAUCAACAUUUCCGGGGUGCUGUUAACCGAUACUCCCAUCAACAAACUCAGUACAGAGAUACUCGUCAACAUCUUCUCCUUGAAUGGUCAUGCUGAUGCCUGUUACAUCGACCUGAUAAAUACCGCUAUCGACGACAUUGUACCCACACCCGAGCAUGAAGCAGCUCUAACUGUCACCCGGAGUAGUUCCCAAGUGUGUCACCACUGGAGGGAAAUACUUCUCGAUUCGCCAAAAAUUUGGGCCACCAGCCUAGACCUUCACUGCCUUGAUCAAGCUAGUGACGAAUGGAGGAACGAAGUCCUGCGACGAACCGGCAAUCGCUUGCUCACAGUCGUCGGUACUUUGACUGGCGAAAAGCAUUAUCUUGACUUUUUCAAAGAAAUUCUGGCCAAUCACUGGACUCGAAUUCGUCGUUUGUUCUUAUGUGGGAGCGCCCUCAAAUCCGAGCUCUGGGCCGCCCUUCAACGCCCUUCACCGAAUAUGGAGCUUUUGGCUCUCGGGAUGAUCUUCCAUGGUGUGAAGGCCGACGAGAAUGACGUAUUUCUCGGAGAUUACGCCCCUCGACUGGUCGGGUUUCGUGCCCGUCGUUUUAUUGACCCUGACCUCAGCUGGUACCGCAAUAUCAGGGAAGUUUGGGAUCUUCCAAUCGACGUAUUCAACGUUCCAGAGUUGCUGCACCUUUUGAGCAACAUGAAAUAUCUUGAACUGCUCAAACUUUCUGGACAUGUAUUCCUCGAGGAAUCAGACGACGAAGAUGGCAACAUAAGCAGUGUUGGUCCUGUUAGCAUCCCCAGCCUUAAAUUCCUUUCGCUGUUUGGUACUGCACCUUUCUCUUUCAUCCCAAUUUUACUGCUACUCGUACCCGCCCCAAACUGCGCCCUGCAACUUGAAGGCAAUUGUGAAGAGAACGUGUCGGCAGACGAGCUCGAAGGUCUUGCAGCGGCCCUGUCCACAUUUUUCCAUAAUUCGCCCCAGAAAUGGUCACACCUCGGGUAUGGGUUACAGGAGUCAAUGUGCCAUCUCAAUUUGGACCCGACUAGGUCGGAUUUUCGCCCUUUCGUAUCGAUCCACAACAUCGACAAUGAUUGGGAUGAGAGCCACUUCCCUUGUUUGAUACUAAAGGCGCUCCCUCCAAAGCAAGUCUCUAUGGUUAAGGAAGUUUCUCUAAGUUUCAGUUACCUUCCUUCAGUCACAAGCGUUCUUGAAGAGUUCUUGGACCGACUCCUGAAGAUGGAACUUCUUUCGAUUGAUAUGGGGACAUUGGGGGUCCUAAACGAGUUGCUGGAGGAUCGCAAGGAGGUAGGGUGCCAUCCUUUCCCCUGCUUGGGCACCGUUUCCAUACGCUGGGAGGAGAAUGAUUCGCUUGCCAGGGAUGGCCCAUUACACCAAUUUCUGUCUCGGCGCCGGGAUGUUGGGUCGCGUAUUAGAAUUCUUCAGGUCCACAAUUAUCAAGGCAAUCCCGAGUUGCUGGUGACAUUAGCUAAGAUGUUUGAGACGAAACUCGAGUUAGGGGAUGGGGACAUAUGGUCGGAACAAGUACUUUUCCCGUCUGAAAUCGACUACGAAUCCGCAAUGGCGGGAAUCGUCAACGAGCUUGACCUGCUCUAG